CAGCAGCUCAGACUUAAGCUGAGUGAGCGGCAGGGUGAAAAGAAGAGGGAGAGAAGGGAACGCAGGUGGGGAGGGAGGCCACGAACGGCCCACAGUGUCGCUGCCUGCUGGUGCGAUUAUCUCGCUGCCUGGCUCCCUCAGUCAACAACUUACUGAGGAGCCUUUUCUUCACAAGAGGAUGUCAGCUCGGAGCCCCAGCAUGAAAUAACAGACUUCACCUUGGAAUAGUUCAUCUCACUCCUGCAUCAUUAAAGAGGAUUUUGCAAGGAAAAAAAAAAACAAGACCCUCCCAACCCCACUUUGUUCCAGAAUUGAAGAGAAGCGGUUUCAUGCUCCAGAAUCCAGUUACAGCAGUGUAUAAAGAAAGAUGCAUCCCUAGGUGUUCAUGAAGUGAAUUAUAAGGUAGAAAAUGGUUGCCUGUGUUCACCUACUGUGAAGAAUUGGAAUCAAACAAGAGAGCUUCGAUUCUCCAAGUGUUUCAGGAUGUAAAUGUAGUCUGACCUUUCCCUGAUGGGCAGUUAAAACAUGGACACGCUAAACAAUUUGCUUUGGACCGUCCUUCAAAAGAUGCUUUGGCUUCUCUCGUGAAUGCUCACUAAGCAUUUGUAGCUGACAAGGAAAAGAAAGAAAACUGUGAACUGGCAAGUUAUCUUACAAUGAAAAUUUCGAGCACAUCUUGCAUCUGUCCAGUACUGGUGUGUCUCUGUUUUGUUCAGAGGUGUUAUGGAACUGCUCACCACAGCUCCAUCAAGGUGACCAAGAACCAAACCAAACACAUUGAAGGUGAAACCGAAGUCCACCAUCGUCCCAAAAGGGGAUGGGUUUGGAAUCAGUUCUUUGUUUUAGAAGAACAUAUGGGACCAGAUCCACAAUAUGUUGGAAAACUGCACUCCAAUUCCGACAAAGGUGACGGAUCUGUCAAGUACAUCCUCACUGGAGAAGGUGCCGGGACUAUAUUUAUCAUUGAUGAUACCACUGGUGACAUCCACUCUACCAAAAGCCUAGACAGAGAGCAGAAGACACACUAUGUGCUUCACGCCCAGGCCAUCGACAGGCGAACAAACAAGCCUCUGGAGCCUGAAUCUGAGUUCAUCAUCAAAGUACAGGACAUCAACGACAACGCCCCAAAAUUCACAGAUGGGCCAUACAUUGUCACAGUGCCGGAAAUGUCAGACAUGGGUACGUCUGUUCUACAGGUGACAGCUACUGAUGCAGAUGACCCCACCUAUGGGAAUAGUGCUCGGGUGGUUUACAGCAUCCUUCAGGGACAGCCCUACUUCUCCGUAGACCCUAAAACAGGAGUUAUUAGGACUGCCUUACAUAAUAUGGACCGAGAAGCCAGGGAACACUACUCCGUGGUCAUUCAGGCCAAAGACAUGGCUGGGCAAGUCGGAGGGCUUUCGGGGUCAACGACAGUUAACAUCACUCUGACAGACGUCAACGACAACCCCCCACGCUUUCCUCAGAAGCACUACCAGCUGUAUGUUCCUGAGUCAGCACAAGUUGGUUCAGCUGUUGGGAAAAUCAAGGCAAAUGACGCAGACACAGGUUCAAAUGCCGACAUGACCUACUCCAUCAUUAAUGGUGAUGGCAUUGGGGUGUUCUCCAUCUCCACUGACAAAGAGACCAGAGAGGGAAUCCUUUCCUUGAAGAAGCCACUGAACUAUGAGAAAAAGAAAUCUUAUACCCUCAACAUAGAAGGAGCCAACACACAUCUUGAUUUUCGAUUUUCUCACUUGGGUCCUUUUAAAGACGCCACUAUGCUGAAGAUCAUCGUCGGUGAUGUCGAUGAGCCCCCACUGUUUUCCACACCUUCCUACGUCAUGGAAGUCUCCGAAAAUGCCAGGAUUGGAACUGUCGUUGGCACAGUUAUGGCUCAAGAUCCCGACAGUGCCAACAGCUUAGUAAGAUACUUCAUUGACUACAGUGCUGAAGAGGACAGAUUUUUCAACAUUGAUGCCAAUACUGGAACCAUUAAGACCACAAAAGUUCUUGAUAGAGAAGAAACUCCCUGGUACAACAUCACAGUCACUGCUUCAGAAAAUGACAAUCCUGCACUGCUGAGCCAUGUCACAGUGGGUAUUAGAGUCUUGGAUGUCAAUGACAAUCCACCCGAACUUGCCAGGGAAUAUGAUAUUGUUGUCUGUGAAAAUUCUAAGCCUGGGCAGGUUAUUCAUACCAUCAGCGCCACUGAUAAAGAUGAUUUUGCCAAUGGAGCAAGGUUUAGCUUCUUUCUUGAUGAACACCUGUCUACGAAUCCAAACUUCACUCUAAAGGACAAUGAAGCAAUUGUUGUCCUUUUUAUCACCUUGAGACGCAGCAAGAAAGAACCCCUGAUUAUUUCAGAGGAGGAUGUCCGGGAGAACGUGGUCACCUACGAUGAUGAGGGGGGCGGGGAGGAAGACACAGAGGCCUUUGACAUCACGGCAUUGAGGAACCCUUCUGCAGCCGAGGAACUCAAGUACCGGAGAGACAUCAGACCUGAAGUGAAGCUCACCCCCAGACAUCAGACGUUGUCCACCUUGGAGAGCAUAGAUGUUCAGGAAUUUAUUAAGCAGAGACUGGCAGAAGCCGACUUAGACCCCAGUGUCCCCCCUUAUGACUCUCUUCAGACUUACGCCUAUGAGGGGCAGAGAUCUGAGACCGGGUCCAUCAGCUCGCUGGACUCAGCCACCACACAGUCAGACCAGGACUAUCACUACCUGGGGGACUGGGGACCCGAGUUCAAAAAGUUAGCCGAACUCUAUGGAGAAAUAGAAUCUGAAAGAACAACUUAGCGGAUCAGUUCUUGCCACCUUUUAGAAUUUGCUUCCCGAGCAAGAGGAGCGAUCACCUCAGCCAUGGCAAGGAAGAAACGCGGGAACAGUACUUGGACCAGACGUGCUGUACACAGCUACUGUAGAAACAAGUGCCCUUUUCAUGAUCAAAACUGGGUUAUUUGGAAGAAAGUCAAAUUAAAAAAAAAAAUACAGAAAAAGAAGCUAUUGUUCCUUGUGUAUAUUUUCAAUUGCUCAAUAAAGUCUGUGGUACUAUCUAAUGAAGAUAUUUGAAUUCAGCCAACCAAUGAUACUUGUUUUGAUAUUUUUGUGAUUUCUUUUCCAAAAGCAACUCUAAGCACCAUGGUUCAAAAGGACUCAUGACUAUGAUUUCUAGGGGUAGAACAUAGCACAAAGAAACUUAGGAAGGAAAUCACGACCUCUUUUUCACUCUUUAGGAUGGACUUUAUACACACACACACACACACACUCAGUUGUUGUGACAGAUCUCAUUAGCUUUGUUUUGCAUUUCGACUACAUGAGUAUUUCUAACAGACCAGGCCACUUCAACCCAGACUUGUUUGUGUCACUAUUUUUUGCCCUCCCCACUUUUUUUCUCCAUACAAAACAGAUGGAGCAUGGGGAUUUGCUGCUUGCACUAUAACGUAUGCAACUUGUGUGCACAUAUGUGCACUAUUCUGAAGUAGAGACACCACUGUCUCUACCCUAUCUGCCCCCCCUUGAAGAGGACAACCCCCUUUUAAAAGAUGCCCAGAGUGAGUGGAUUAGGAUAUACUCAGAUAUUCUGAUGUAUCAAGGAAAGAUUUUGAAAAUAGCUACAAAGGUCAUCCUUUGCUACUCCAGUUUAAUUUGCUUAUUUAUAAGCUGGGAAGUCAUGAAUAUUAUGCAUCACUUAAGAGAACAAUGUAGUGUGAAAAGAUUAGUCUGCUCUUUACUCAACUUUCUUCCUCUCAAUUUUCUUUCUUACAGGAACUCACACAUCCCUCUCAACCCUGACUGAUUCAUUGGGAUAUAUUUGGAAUCUUCAGGAAAGUGUAUAGGAAAAGGAUAAAAAUAAAAAAAAAAAUAGGAGAUUCACAUUUACUGUUCAUGAUAUGUUGGACAUGAGUUAGUGGAAGCCCAUUAGUACAUGACCAACAUAUCAACCCGUCAGUUUCAGGGGUUCAGACUGCAGCAUAGAGACAGCAAAGUGUUCCCUAACUCCCUCCCAGGCUGUGUGUGGGUUCAUAGGCAACUGUACAAAUGCUUUGCCUACUACAAAGUUUUCUGCUAUGUGAAGCCUGGCAGAUGUUAAUUUUCUACUUUUAUCAGCUUAUAAAAAAAAAGUAUAGUUACCUACAUUUUGAAUAAAAUAUUACAUUAUUAUGGGAGAACUUCCUAAAAUAGUGAAAUAACUGCUGAUGAAACAUAAUAUGCAAGUUUAGUUAUUUUUGAUAUUUUCUCAAGUAAGCUAAUUUUCUUAUAAGUUCUUGGGGGUUUUCCUCAAAAAGCUUUAGAUAAUAUUUUGUUGUUGUUUCAAUUGGUCUUGAAAUAAUUCAUACAAUAAUGAUUCUAGUCUCCAAAACUGUCUACGUUUACAUAUGUCAGAUCAAUUGGAAGCUUGAAAGCCACAGAAUAAAAAUCAUGUCAAGGGAAAGAUUUUCCUUUUUUCUUUAAAUUGAUCAUAUCUAGUGUCCCCAAAUGUUAUGUGACAUUUUCUGUUUGAUUCUACCUGUCUGCAAAGUUUUGGUUUUUGCCUGUUUGCGACUAUUACAGUUUUGAAUUUUGGGAAGAGAGUUUCAUUUGAAUAAUUCUGAAUCUGUGUUUCAAGCUUGAGGAAUAAAAUGUAAUUUAAGUUAUUUCCAACAUUUUAACUUUCCAGAUGUUGCUUUAUCAUGUUUCUAUAUCCUAAUGGUCUGUGUUCCAGGAUUAAGCUAAACCAAAGGGACACUCAGGGGCUUUGGGGUACAACCCUGCAGACAUGCUCCAGUUGUGCUAAUAUGGAUGGCAUUCACUCGAAAGAAGGGUACAGCUCUGAGAACCACUGUGGGUCAUGGCUUUUUUGUUUUCCCAUGCAAAGGGGAAGAGAAAAAGGUGCUAUGCAAAAAGGUUAGGUUUUGGAAAUCCACUAGGCUUUUGGACAUAGAUUCUGGAUAAAUUGUCUGCUUUUUUUUUUUUUUUUUUAACAUUCAUCCUGUAAGCUUUACAGAUGAGGGUUUAAAAAAUGAUGAUGUGUUUAUACAAUUCACUUAGAGCCAAGGUCCUCUGCAUGAUUUUAAGCACUGAAAUAUCCCCCUGAUUUUGUAAGAAGAACAUCUCAGAUCCAUGUCAUUUUGAUUAACCUUAUAAUGAUAAUGGAUUACUUCUGAGCCCCUGAUAUUAAAUCUCAUAUGAAGGCAAAAUGGAGUUUCUAUAGUCCUGAACUAUGUUUCCAUGUUAACUUACUUUCUUACUUUAGAAUUUUGUUAAUGAAAGCAUUCCAAGUAUUAUUUUUAUAUGA